GAAUUUUCUAAGCAAGAUGAGUCAGAGACUCGAAGCUUCGCUUCUUCUGGAUUAAGUACGUUGUCAAUAAUCGGUAGAAUGGAAAAAUAUUUCACAAUAAUAUUUCAAGGAAAUCCAGACGAAGAUAUGAUAGAUGUGAAUGACUUGCGAAGUGAGAAUACUCCCAUAUCUGAAGCAGACGAACAUAAUCGCUCAAACAAUUAA